AUGCCAACCAAAGUUUCUAUCCUUAUCUUCGUUGGUGAUCCUCUCGAUUACACAAAAUAUCGCCAUACAGCUCUCUUUUUUGAGUUUCCCAGUGGAUCUACAUGUGCAAUGCACAUCGAGGGAGGACCUGGGUUCUUCGAGUUCCAGCCAAUGGACAAUUACCAGCCCGACCAAAGUCGUAGGCUCGCCGAAAGAGUCAUGGUAGCGGAACUUCAUGAUUCAAUCAGUGAGAUCUCGAUCAAAGGGGUUGUUUCAAGGACCCCAGUGAAGAAUGGACGUGGAGACGUGGAUUGGAACUGCCAAAAUUGGGUGGGGGACGCUCUCACCCGGAUGGUGAAUAAUGGACUUUUGAAUGCGUCUCAACGAGCAUCAGCCAUUGACAAAAUGACUGAUGCGUGCUUGGAAGCCGGAGAUGAGUAA